GUAUGGAAUCUAACUUUAAAAUUGAGUGCUUCAGACAUAAAAUAUUGGGAAAUAAGUAAUGCAUAUUGGAAGUUACUAAUGAUAAAAUAAUAAUUACAAACAUUACAGACUCACCAAAUAAGAGAAAUGAAUUGGACAUUAAUUAUAAUUUAUUUGUUGAUUUUAAAGUCAAGAAAAAAUAGCUACAAGCUAUUGGUUUGACAACAAAUAAACACCAUUGGUAUUAUGCGGAUCAUGACAAUUUGAUCAAUUUAAAGUAAAUUUUAGGAGCAAGAGUAGUGUUUAAAGGUGUAAAUACUUUAUAUAAUCCAUUAUAAUAAAUUGGCUAAGGAACCUUCUCCAAUGUUUACUUAUUACAAUCCAAAAUAAAUAGUCUUGAAUAUUAUGCUUGUAAAUGUUUAGACAAAGCUUAAGUGAAUGAAUAAAUUGGUAGAGUAAUAUAUUUAGUAAUAUUGUUAGUAAGGAUUGUUUGAAGAAAUCUAAGCGAUGGUUGCUUUGAAGCAUCCAAAUAUAGCAGAGCUUCUAGAAGUUUAUGAGGGUGAUGUAUCUUAUUAUAUGGUAAUGCAAUAUUAUGAUCUUGAAUUUACUGACAUUCUAAAAGAACUAAACAUUCAAGACAUACACAUAAUAUUUAAAUAAUUAGUAACAGCAGUAAAUUUAAUGCAUGAAAAAGGAUACAUGCAUAGAGAUUUAAAACCAGAAAAUAUUAUGUUUAGUGAUAGUAUUUACUAAUUGAAACUCAUUGAUUUUGGAUUGACAACUAAAAGUUCAGGAAGAUCAAAAUGUGGUACACCUGGUUAUGUUGCACCUGAAAUUUUAAAUCUUGAUACAAAGAUUAAUGAAUAUAAUGAAAAAUGUGACAUAUUUUCAUUAGGAGUUAUAUUCUAUAAGAUGUAUAAUUAAUUAUUAUUAUUAGGCUGACUUAGAAUGACCUAUUUUAAGGAGCAAAUCAUGAAGAGAUUUUAGAAAAUAAUGCUCGAUGCAAUACAAAUUUUGAACUUUUAAAUGGAAAUCAAAAGAUUCCAAAAUAAGCAAUACAUCUAUUAAAAAUGAUGCUUCAAAUUGAUCCAACUUUAAGGAUUGAUUCAAAAGAUAUUUUACAACAUUAGUAUUUUACUAUUGAAGAAUAAACUCAUAAUAAUACCAUAAAUAGUGCUGGUCAACUUUCGAGAAAGCAUUCAUCAGUGAUUAAGAUACUAUCCCCAAUAUAAAAAAAAAACGGUAUGUUUACUUCUCCUUUUUCAAUUCAUGAUGAUGAAUGUAUAGAAAAUGAGGCUUUAAUGCAACCAAUUCCUACAGUAAUAAUGAAAGGAGGUUCAGUACAAGAUAUGGUUAAAGCAAAAACACAAGGAAUAAAUAGAAAGUUGUCUAAAGAUGCAACAAAGAAAUAUCAAACAACUGAUUUCGAUGAUAUAGUCUCAGAAAUUAAGUAAAGUAAUUAUAGACCACCUAAGCCUAGUUAGUUAUCAGAAAUGUAUAAUAAAUGA